GCCGAAAGGUGUUAGCAAAAAAGUAGCAAAAAACUGUUAAAAGGAAAAGAAACCACUUUUAUAAGUAGAGAGUAGUUAUGCCUCUCCCGAUGCCUCGUUCGUCGAGUAUGUCUCGAUCAUCUAGCAUGUCUCGAUCGUCUAGCAUGCCUCGAUCGGCGUCGACACCCGAGUUGAAUAAAAAGAGGGAGAAGGAGGUUGGAGGGUAUCUCUGGAAGCGUUCCAAAAACCAUCCAACCCGCUGGCUCCGCCGCUACUUUAUCCUAACCGACACACACCUAACCUACGCCCACACACCCACCAGUCCCCCCAAAUUCCAACUCGCUCUAUCCCAGAUUACACGCGUCGUAGCGACUCCCCGUCCCAUUAGCGGUAUUACAGCCAACGUGUUUGAUAUAUGGGUUGCGAAUGAGCCGCCUUUGGAGGUGGCGUGUCGGACGAGGGAGGGGAUGGAGGAGUGGGUGAGGAAUUUGUCGGUGGGGAUUUUGGGGGAUAGGAAGAGGGAGAAGGAUUUACCGCCGCUUCCGGCUUUGCCGAGGGAGGUUAUGGAGAGGAAACGGGGGGAUGCGUCAUUGGGUGCGUCGGUGGGUGCGUCCGUGCAGGUUUCCUCGGUUCCACCCGUGAUUCCUCCAUUAGGAUUCGAAAAAAGAGGAGACCGAAGCAGUGAUGCAACUAUCACAACCGAAAUGGGCCACCCCAUCCCCAAUCCCCUCACAAACGAUCAUACAAGUCUCCGUAGCACCUCCUCCACAAAAUCCGUACGACCCAAAAUGGAAGCUCUAGACGACCUCAUUGAACGCAUGUUCAAAGAAGCCUCCCUCGUCCUCCGAACCCACGACACCCCAAAACAAAAUACAACAUGGGAUACACCAUCCCCACGUAUCGAGAAAUCCAUCUCAACACCCGAUUUGAACAGAGUUGAUAAUACAAAACGGUUUGGUCAUGUCCCGGAUGUAUCGCCAAAGGUGUCGUCUGUAGACCCGUCUGUGGACCCCUUGGCGACCAUUACAGUGGGACAUGUCCCGCCUGUUCCCAAUUACCACAACCUUCCUGUAAUCACACCACUGACCGUACAACCUCAGCCUCCCACCCCAGCCUCCCACCCAACCCAACCACCCAUCCAACCACCCAUCCAACAACAAGUACAGCAACAAGAACCACCCCAAACAAAGACAGCAACAGCAAUCCUCCAAAAAUCCAUCUCAAUCCUCCAAAAAUCCACUCGUCUCCACGCACGCCUCAACACCCCCUCCCCACCCCCCCAAAACACCCACCUAGCAGCCCUCAUAAAAGCCCGUCGAAAAGCCCUAGACGAAUACCGAACAGCCACAGAAGACCUCGGACGACGUACAAGAGAUUACGUACGGUGUGUUCCCGGGUGGGGAAAUACGGCUGCGGUGGAUUUGGUCGAGAGUGUUGAAGUCGUUUUGAUGAAGUUGGCCCAGUUGAGAGAGGUUUUUAGUGAGAUGGUUUGAAAUUUAUGGGUGUUUUGGGAGGUGUUUUUGUUUUUUGUGUGUGAGAUUGUGUGAGGAACUCGUCACUCGUUCAUGUUAGGAAGGCCCAUUGGAUAGAUUGAUAUUAGUAAACAAUAUAGAUGGACACUUAUGAGAUAGAUUCGGAAAAAGUACAUUUACAUAUCAUAUUUCCUUUCUCAAUAUCAUACAUGUUUUCUUG